CGGUGGAGGGUCGGGGGCGGCAGCGAGGGGCCGGGCCGGGCGGGGCGCGGUGUGCCCGCGGCGCUCUGGUCGCGGCAGAUUCGCCCCGGCCGCCGUUCUCGCCGCAGCAGGAGGGGCGCUGAGGAGAUCGGGAGGUUUUUGGAAGAGGCGCACAGAGAAGCCCCGGGCUGACCGCCGGCCCCGCCCGCAGGCUCACGCCAUGCUGCGGGCGCUUCCCCGUCUCUGAGGAGAGGCGAAGGGGCGUCAGGGGACGGCGGCGACGCGAUUGCUAAGUCUGAGCAACGAGAGGCAAACAUGGCCCAAGCACCCACUGAUCCGAGUAGUGCGGAAACUGCUGACCCAGAGGAGAGUUCUCCAAACAUGAUAGUCUACAGAAAGAUUGAAGACAUUGUUACGAGAAUGCAAGAUGACAAAACAGGUGGAGUUCCCAUCCGCACUGUCAAGAGCUUUCUGUCCAAAAUCCCCAGCGUGGUCACUGGUUCUGAUAUUGUGCAGUGGCUUAUGAAGAACCUCAGCAUUGAGGAUGCAGGGGAAGCAAUACACUUGGGAAGUCUUAUUGCUGCACAGGGUUACGUCUUUCCCAUCUCAGACCAUGUCCUUACCCUCAAGGAUGACGGGACAUUCUAUCGUUUUCAGGCACCAUACUUUUGGCCUUCAAACUGCUGGGAACCAGAAAACACAGAUUACGCCAUCUAUCUUUGCAAACGGACCAUGCAGAACAAAGCUAGGCUGGAGCUGGCGGAUUAUGAAGCCGAAAACUUAGCAAGACUUCAGAGAGCGUUUGCAAGGAAGUGGGAAUUCAUCUUCAUGCAAGCAGAGGCCCAAGUGAAAAUCGACAGGAAAAAGGAUAAAACAGAAAGAAAGAUUUUGGACAGCCAGGAAAGAGCAUUCUGGGAUGUGCACAGGCCUGUGCCAGGCUGUGUGAACACCACAGAAAUGGACAUUAGAAAGUGUCGCCGUAUGAAAAACCCACAAAAAGUGAAAAAGUCAGUUUAUGGGGUUACAGAGGAGUCUCAGCCCCAAAGCCCCGUACACCUGCCCUCCCAACCGGUGCGCAAAACAACAAAAGAGGAUUUCCGGAAGCAGAUAACUUUUCUGAACAUGCAGAUAGAGAGACACUGUUUAAAGAUGUCCAAAGUAGCAGAAAGUUUAAUAGCCUACACAGAGCAGUAUGUGGAAUAUGACCCCUUUAUAACUCCUGCUGAGCCUUCCAAUCCCUGGAUAAGUGAUGAUGCAGCACUGUGGGACAUUGAAAUGAGCAAAGAACCUAGUCAGCAGCGUGUGAAAAGAUGGGGUUUUUCCAUGGAUGAAGUGCUGAAGGACCCAGUAGGACGAGACCAGUUCCUUCGUUUCCUGGAAUCAGAAUUCAGCUCAGAAAACCUCAGGUUUUGGUUGGCUGUCCAAGAUCUCAAGAAACGACCUUUACAGGAUGUGACCACGAGAGUGGAAGAAAUCUGGCAAGAGUUUCUAGCUCCUGGGGCCCAAAGUGCUAUUAACCUGGAUUCCCACAGCUAUGAGAAAACAAGCCAAAAUGUCAAAGACCCAGGGAGAUAUACAUAUGAAGAUGCACAGGAGCACAUUUACAAGCUGAUGAAGAGUGACAGCUACGCGCGCUUUCUGCGUUCGAACGCUUACCAGGACUUACUGCUGGCAAAGAAGAAGCCAGAGAAUGAGCAAGGUCGUAGAACUUCUCUAGAAAAGUUCACUCGCAGCGUGGGAAAGUCUCUGGCAAGCAAGCGCCUCACGGGCCUGAUGCAGUCCUCCUGACAGCUCCAGCCGACCGCCCCACGGGAGAGACAGCUGGGACCACUGCCGGGGACGGGGCAUUUCGGGGAGAGCAGGUCCCUGCAGGGGAGACAGCCUGAGCAAGUGGAAGCAGAGAGCCACACGCCAGUGGAGCACCUCUCUUCACAGUUUACACCAACACUUCCUUGUCUGCACUGCUCCUUAAGGACCUUGAGCUCUGUGCAGGUACUUUGUUUCCACCUGAGGUUUGGAGAACACUUCACCAUACACAGGAAGUCAACAAGGCAAGGGCUUGCUGUCUCAUUAUUUAAGGAAACAGACCCAACCACAGCUUGAGAGAAGCUCAAGAAGAAAGCAGAGCAGCUGAGAGAGAUCAGUGUUUCUCCACAUCUCUUUUCUCCCUGGCACAAACGUGACUGUAAUAAGAUGGCACCGCAACCUCACAUACUCCCUUUCAUGUGGCCAUCUGGAUCCAAUAAAAUAUCUGGAUAUUUAGCUGGAAGCUGCUUCUCCUUCUCACAAAAUCCCAAAUGCAUUUCACCUGCAGAUUCACUGACUUUAACUUGGUUUUUCUGUCCUAUGUUUCUCCUCCUUUAAAACAAUGGAAAAAAAAAAAAAGGCACUAUUUUAAGUUCAUCACUCUUUGUCCUUCCAAUAGCAUGUAGCAUGUCCAGAGAUGAUGCCAGAUCCUCAGCUGAAGUCAGGAAAGCAGGAGUGGUUUUCAUCACCUGAGGAUCUUCUCCCUUGAGUCAGACUGAUCCUGGAGCAAAGUCUCUGACGUUGGCGGAAUUGUUCUGUAUGUGCGCGUAGUGCAAAUGUGAUCAGACUCUGCCUGAUGCUCAAAAAGUCAUGUUUGAGAUGGGCAAUGCACACACAAGCAUACACACACACACACACACACACACACACACACACACACACAUACACACACACAUAUACACUCACACACAGUACUUAAAGUGAGUUGGUUUAUUUAAUUUUCUAUUUAUUUAAGAUUUUGCAUACCUCAUCAAUGAUGGAUGUUCAAACUUUUCUCUGAGCAAACCAAACAGGACUCCAGCUCUCCAAGUGGAGAGAGCCAAAAUCCAUUCAUUUGUUUCCAAGGAAAGGCAACUCUGAUAUGGGCAGGUGUCAAAAUUCAGCCUACAGUGAGGAGAGAAUUGACGGUGUGAAUGGGCAGGGCACUGGGUGCCAAGUGACACUCCCUAAACAGCAGCAUACCCAGCUGUGAUAUCAUGCUCAGAUAACUGACCCUGCUGAGAAGCAUCAUUCUGAGAGUGAAAUUGUACCAUGGGAGGAAAUGAGCUUCCACUAAAACUCAUCUGACCUGCAGCUCGUGAAUGCAACAACAAAAGAUGGCCCAGUUGCUUGUUUCAAGCUGUUGGAGGUAUGGUGGUUAAGAUGAGGACAGGACUGAAGUGACUUUAUUAUGAAAUCCACUUAUACUAGCUGCAGAUAGGAAAAUGGCCUGCAUUCACAUACAGUAUACUAUCUAUAUAUAAAAAGAAUUUCAAGACUCAGCUGACUCACAAAAUCUCCUAUAUUUUGUAAGCAGUUCAGAUCUGAAGCAUAAAUGCAACUAGACAUGUCUUGGUCUUCUUCACUCAUGCCAAGGUAAACUGGCUUUUUGUACAGGUGGUAGAAACUGCUAUAUGGCUACAAGUCAGCAUUCCUACCUAGGCAAAACCAUCUAGCUAAGUAGACAGCUGGCUAUUGACAACAUUCACUUCUGAGGCAAGUAUUACUCUAAUAUCUAAGGCCUAUGUAUGCACAAAAACAUGCCAGCAUAGUUUCUGUCAGAAAAAGAACCUUCCUCUUUGCCCAUGACAGUUCUCAUUCUGAUAUCUCUUUUCCUUCCUAAUAUCAAUAUACCUAAGGUCCAUUCACCUGCAUGAAUGUACAGUAGACUACUAAGUAUGAUCUUUGUUCACAUGCCUAUACCCUAAACAGCCUGCUGUCUGAAGACUGCAGAUCAAAUUCAUCCCACAUAUACAUGACACACAAGCAAGUUCCAGGACUGCAGAACCAUGAAUGUCCCCUGACAUUCUUGUGGUCCCCUGCCUCUGAAGAGGACAUUUGUCACCCCCCAAAUUGUCACUUAGCUGUCCUUGCAGGACCUAUUUGUCCUCUGUUGCCCACCCAGACAAAGUGUCCCCUUGGGAAAUAGCAGGUCUCUGUGUGAUAGGUUCACAUGUCCAUUCAUGCAUAUGCAUAUGUGCCCCCUUGGUCAUCCCUAGGAAAAUGCAGAGGUCAUCCCUUCUCAGAGCCUUGUAGAUGGUGUUUUUAUCUCUGUCAAACCCUCCAGUGCCAUGCCUCACUGGAGCUCUGUAAACCAACAGCUGCUCGCACUCCAACCUAUUCUGCUGCCAGCUCUGCCCAGCCACAAGGCAUUUCCCAUGGGGGGUCUGUCUUGUGAACCCUCCAACUGGUCUGCAGGGCAUUCCUGAGCAAGAUGUACACAUAAUACAUUAAACUGGUGUGUAGCAAGGAGCAGGGAUAGUAAAGUGGUACAUGUGGGUCUCUGCUUUGCAGUGAGUUCCUGACACUGGAGAGAUCGUCUCCUGGGGGAAGGAUGGGGUAGCUCCACAGAGAUACUCCUCAGGACCUGCAGCAUGGGGACACGUGUGGGCAGGACUGGAGAGUGCUGGUGGGUGAUGGGACAGGUGGAAUUUGGGUUAUGGUCUGUGCAGGCAGCAGAAAUGCCAGACUUUAACCUGGGGAUGUGCUGCUGCCCUGUGAGCAACACACUCUGCUUUGUCUUUCAGCUUUAUUCCUACAGGACGGUCAUGUUGGCUGCCACAGUAUUUUGCCUGUGGGGAAUAUUCCGUAUUUGAACAGUUGAGCGCGUGGAGGGAAUUCUUACAGACAUGGAGAGUAUGCAUAUGGGCGUGCAUCAGGGGGCCUGGAUGCUGAACAGCUUGCCAUGUAAAUGCACACUCGUGCAAACUAAUCUGCUCAGCAAUGGCUAGCUGAGCGGACAGAGCUGCAUAUCCUCUGGAGGGAAGAAAGCUCUGCUCCUUGUUUCCUGACUAAAUUUCUCCAAAACAAACAUGAGAGUAGACAAGGCCUCCUCCUGGAAUACAUAUUAACUGUUCUUCACAUGUCUUUUACUUCACAUAUCGUGAUAUUAACAUGUAACUACUUCCACAUGAACCACAUCCUUGAAUUAUGCUUUUUAAUGACCUUGCUUAUUCCAAGUGAUGCUACUUUUGUACACCCAAUGGUAUCCCAUUGAGCAUUGCAAGCAGUAAUCUGCUGCUCUCUAAGUGUCCGGUGUCUUCCAACUACCUCAUCAUGCUGAAGAUGAGUUAGGAAAUCAGCUUUCCACCUCUGUUUGUGUUCUAAAUGGCAUCAAUUCAAGGAAAGACAGUCUGGAAAGCUUCUACAAUGUCCAAGCUGUGCAAGCUAGCUACAAAACUACCCAUACUUACAGGGCUAUGGCUGUGAAAUAUGGCUGUACACUGUUAUUUGGAUAAUAGAGUAUCCAGAGCACGCAUGGUUAUUGUGGCAAACCAGCAGCAGGACAAGCACUAGGAAAGGUUCGACAAGCCAGUGCAGAGAGCGUUAGGCUGAAGCAAAUGGAUUAAUGUACUCUCAGUAUAACUCAGCACUAAGAUCCCAUAGAGUACUGUAAUAAAAUGGUAGCAGGGCAGCCAUAAAAAGUGGCAGUAAGCUGACAUAAUAAUACCAGAAUAAAUGUAGCAAUAAGGUAACACAGGCCACUGCAGUAAAGUAGCAUUUUGAUAAUGCAGCAAUAAGACACAACAGGAUGCAGCAGUAAAUUAGUUUGUGGAAUAAGGCAGUAAUAACAGUGUGUGUGGACAAACAGUGGUACAUUUGUACCAGGUACUGCAGCAAUAAAGAUAACACAAGAUGUCCUAGUAAUAAGUUACUACAGUAACAACAACAUGAUGCACUGUAAAGUUAUAUCAGGAUGCUUCCAUGCUGCAGUCAAAUCCUACAAGAAAUGGUAGUGAGACAAUGAUGACAAAAUAUACCCCAUUUCCGAAUGCAGAAUGUGAAUCAGUUUUCUGCACCGUAACCCAAAUUCUGGAAUGAUCUCAGCAAUACCAAUCCUCUCAUUCCUGCUUUCAAGGAAGCUGAGGCAAGAGUGUUCCCCCACCCAGACAAUUAUUUUGGUCUGAAAAUACAAAAUUGACUCAUUGUCUCUUCAGCCAAAUUGUCACAGACUGUGGUGAAGUUCUUUGUUUAGUUCUACUCAGGUGAAACCCUGGUGGUUUUGGUAAGUCCUUUGCCUUUGAAAGGAUUUGGCUCUCUCAUCUUCUGGCAUGGGUGAUGCUUUUAGCCUAAAAUUAUUUCUGGUUUGGGUGGGAGAAGGGGAACCCAGGUACAGAAGAUCUGACUGUACCAGUCUGUUUCCUAAAAUGCACAAAUAAAUGGAGCAUCCUGGAAAAGUCAAAGCAACAAGGACCAAAUCUGUUCUGUCUAUCAUGCACUCAUGCACACAAAAAUAAUCCUCCUGGAACCAGUGCAAGCCCUGGGUGCAUCCAUGGGCAGGACUUGACCUAACCCUGUUCUCAGUGUCUGCAGCAGAGUGACAGAAGCAGUGUCUCUGUCUCCUUUCCUGUUUUUCCAUAUUUUUUUUUAAAAUCUAAACUCACCCUCUCUAUGAAAUGGUUUGGAAAAAAAUUCAAUUGCCAUAACACAAUAUGCCGUAUCAUGGGCAAGGAAUAGGUCUGUCCAAGGAAUUUGCUGUCUUUGUACUCUUCAGUAGAGGGGUAAAGCAUUCUGAAAUAUAACCGGCAACCACUGUUAUACUCAGUAAUCACCAGGAAUAAAGGUUUAGUCAGAGC